AUGGCUCCCCACGCUGAUACUGAUACCACUUCAACCCAGAGCGCGGCUCAGUUUUCUAACCCACCAUGCUCGAUGCUCCACGUUGAGGGCGCAGACAUUGUUGACGCUUCGGGUUCCAAGGUGAUUUUGAAAGGCGCUGGGUUGGGAGGUCACCUGAACUUUGAGAACUUCAUUACUGGUUAUCCGGGACAUGAACACGAGCACAGAGCCGCCAUGGCCGAGGUCUUGGGCAAGGAGAAAGCCCAAUUCUUCUUUGACCGCUUGAUUCACUACUUUUUCACCGAUGCAGAUGCUGCAUACUUCCAAAGUCUGGGCCUCAAUUGCAUUCGUAUUCCCUUCAACUAUCGUCAUUUCAUCGACGAUGACAACCCAUCUGUGUACAAAGAUUCGGGCUUCAAGUUGUUGGAUAACAUUGUGGACAUUUGUGGCCGUCACAAUCUAUACGUUAUUCUCGAUCUUCAUGCCGUUCCUGGUGGUCAAAAUCAAGACUGGCACUGCGAUAGUGGCAUUGGCAAGGCUCUCUUCUGGGACUUCAGAGUCUUCCAAGACCAGAUGAUCGAUCUGUGGGUGCAUAUCGCCAAACACUAUGUCGGCAACCCGGUCAUUGCAGGCUACAACCCUCUGAAUGAGCCCGCAGACCCUAAGCAUACUCGUCUCGUCGCCUGGUAUGAUAGAAUGGAAAAGGCUAUCAGAGAGGUGGAUCCUGACCACAUUCUCUGGGUGGACGGCAACACGUAUGCAAUGGACUUCAGCCACUUCACACGAAUCAUGCCCAACACGGUCUACGCCUGCCACGAUUACGCAAACAUGGGCUUCCCAAUUCCAGGCCAAGACCCCUACACCGGCACUGAAGAGCAAAACGCAAAGCUCCGCCGUCAAUUCAACCGCAAAGCAGAGUUCUCACGCAAACACAACGUGCCGCUCUGGAACGGCGAGUUCGGGCCUGUGUAUGCAGACCCCAGUGCCGAUCCUGAUGCCGACAAGACCAAUAUUAGCAGAUUCGGCGUACUCAAGGAGCAACUAAACAUCUACGCCGAAUCACAGAUCCAUUGGACUAUCUGGCUAUACAAAGACAUCGGAUACCAAGGCAUGGUCCACGUCUCACGCUCAUCGCCAUACAUGCAAUUAAUCGCAUCCUUCGUCGCCAAAAAGCAAAAACUCGGUCUAGAUUUCUGGGGUGUCGUAGACAAAACCGGUGUUUCAUCAACUUACGAUCCUUUCCUUGCCGACAUCAAGAAGAUGAUUCCUGAACACUUGCACGACUCCAAGUAUCCUCACCACUGGAACAUUGAAAGACAGUUCGAGAGAGUCAUCAGAGAGUGUUUGGUUUCUGAUUACAUGAGUUUGGAGUUUGCAGAGUUGUUCAAGGGAAAGAGUGAACAGGAACUUGAUGAUCUGGCUGCUAGCUUCAAGUUUGAGAAUUGUGUUACUAGAGAUAAACUUACAGAGAUCUUGCAGGCUGAUGCUGCAAGGUCGAGAGUGCAGAAGUAG